AUGAACACGGUUCUUCGCCUCGCCCCUCUUGCUGUUUGUCUCUCAGCUGCAGUUUCAUCUUAUGCCCAUUCUCCUCCUCAAUUCCAUGCUGCUCGCUCUCCAGCUCCAGACACUUGCACUUGCACUCUUGUACCGCAAGGCCACGGCCAAGAUGAUUCCCCUGCUAUUGCCUCAAUACUCUCCCUUUGUGGGCAGAACGGGAGCACAGUCUGCUUCCCGGAUCCCUACGUCUACACGAUCGGAAGUGCACUGGAGACAUACGUCGACAACGCCACCAUCUUGCUCGAGGGAACAUUCCAAUUCUCGCCAAAUAUAACUUACUGGGCGAACAACAGCUUUGCUAUUGAACUUCAAAACCAAAUUUCUGCGUGGCGCUUCCAUGGACAAAACUUCGUACUCGAUGGUGGAGAUGGCUUCACUGGACGAAUCGAUGGUAACGGUCAAAUUUGGUAUACAUAUUCGGCAGGUGGUUCGAAUACUCCAGGUCGUCCAAUGACUUUGGACGUCUAUGGGUCGAGCAACGGCGUUCUGAGAAACCUGCAGAUCUAUCAGCCUCAGUUCUGGGCGCUCAUCAUUGAGGGUUCAGAGAAUAUAUUGGUAGAGAACGUCGAGGUUUUCGCUGAGAACACUGAGUACGCCGCAAAUGGUACCAACUGGGUACAGAAUACUGACGGAGCUGACACUUGGCGAUCAACGAACAUUACGUUCAACAACUUCACGUACACUGGUGGUGACGACUGCAUUGCUUUCAAGGGCAAUUCGACGACGAUACGCCUUGCUAACAUCACUUGCAAUGGGAUAGCCUUUGGCUCGAUCGGGCAAUAUGUUGACGCACCGGACUUCUUGACCGACAUCAUAAUUGAUGGCGCUCAAAUUAACAAGCCAACGUACUCUGGCGUUGGACUUGGUCAGGGCAUUGGUGCUGGUGUAUACUUCAAGAGUUGGAUCGGCGCACCGGUUGGCACUCCCCCGAAUGGUGGCGGAGGUGGCGGCGGCGCCGUGACUAACGUCACUGUGUCGAACAUCAACGUGGACGAUGUAGAUCUAGCCUUCUAUAUCAACAGCUGCCUGAGUUAUAUCACGACUAUCGACCCCACAGCGAACCCCGACAAAUACUGCAAUACAUCGACAUUAGCGUACAACAACAUCUCUUUCAACAACUUCCAGGGCACGACCAAUGGCGAUUACGGUGGCGUCGUCGCACAGCUGAACUGCUCGACCGCGGCCCCUUGCAAUGGGUUCACAUUCACGGACUUCAACGUUGUACCUACUGGAACAAACGGAACCGGACAAAGUGCGAUCUUCACGUGCCAGAAUGUAGACAGCAUCGAUGGUGAGACGUGUAGUUGA